AUGUUGCUUCAUCGAGCCAAUGUCCCCCUCCGUCUCUCCCCCCUCUCUUCCCCGCUCAGGCUCAGGACCAACAAGCCCAGUCCUCCUUCGCACCAUGUCCGAGCCAUCACCACCUCUCCAAAACUCCAGGCCCAGACCCGCAACCGCGUAGCCAUCGUCACAGGCGCAGCCCGCGGCAUCGGCCGAGCCAUUGCCCUGCGCCUCGCCCAGGAUGGCUACAGCGUCACCGCCAGCGACCUCCCCGCUCUCCAAGGCCAGCUGGACUCCCUCGUGUCCGAGAUCCAAACCUCCGCCGGGGGCGACGUCCGGGCUCACGCACACACCGCAGACGUCACCUCCCCCGCCGAGGUGGAAGCCCUGGUCCGCAGCUCGGUCUCGGAGCUCGGCCGGCUGGACGCCAUGGUGGCCAACGCGGGGAUCGCGCAGGUGAAGCCGCUGCUGGAGCUGACGCCCGAGGACGUGCAGCGGAUGCUGGCGGUCAACGUCGCCGGCGUGCACUACUGUUUCCAGGCCGCGGCGAAGCAGAUGAUUUCCCAAGAAUAUGGAGAAAGAGAAGGCGGAGGUGAAGGUGAAGGUGAGAGCGAGGUACGGGGCAAGCUGAUCGCGGCGGCGAGCAUCGUCGCCUUCAAGCCUUUCCCCUUGAUGGGUCACUACAGCGCGAGCAAGUGGGCGGUGCGCGGGCUGAGCCAGGUGUAUGCGAUGGAGCUGGCCAAGCACAAGAUCACGGCGAAUGCGUACGCGCCCGGGAUUGUGGAUACCAAGAUGUGGGAGCUCAUCGACGAGGGGCUCGGGCGGAGGGAGGGGAAGGAGAAGGGCGAGAUGAUCAGGAAGUAUAGCGAUGACUUGAUUGCCCUGGGCCGGACUAGCGUGCCGGAGGAUGUCGCUGGUCUGGUUUCGUUCCUGGCCAGUAAGGAUGCGGAUUACAUCACGGGCCAGACGUAUGUUGUGGACGGGGGAAUCAUCUACACUUGA